AUGGGAACCACAAGACCCAGCACACUGCAAGCUCCUGGGUCAUGCAGGCCGCCCAGGAUCAAGCAAUGUCCGAUCCUCGAUGCACCACGCGAAGUCCGCAACACCAUCUACAAGCACUGGUCAAAUUCAUUGGACCUGGUCGUGAUCAAACAUCACGGCUCGAUCGCCAACAGAGUGUCGCUGUUACAAACAUGCCCCAAGAUCCGUUCUGAGGCGACAGACCUCAUCCUCCACCGCGGACCUCUCCACGACACCGUCGUCAAGAUUGCCGUGCGCGAUCUCGACUUCAGUGAUGUCGUAGCCUACGUCGAGAUGCUACACGAGAAGGAGCUAGAGCAACUUGGCAAAAAGUCCGUCAUACGAUACUCAUGCACUCUUUCCGAUGCGGAAGUGCCCGACUUGACGAAUCAUCUACUCGCUUGGCUGCAACUCUGCAGUGGGAAAUACCUUUUCAUGAACGGUCGUGAACUGGGCAUCCUACAUCCCCAAGUCUACUGGUUCAUCGGCGUUACCCGACGCCUGCCUGAACCAUGGCUAGAGGAAGUGGAGAUAGGUGACGAGGCCAUUCGUCCCACAAGCUCAUGGAAGGCCUACCAGUGUGGCCGAAUCGUCCCAAUGAGUGAGUUGGCCAAGAUCAAGUGGAAUGCUGCAUCCCAGGCCUACAGGAAUCGCAUUCAUGGUCUCGAGCAGAACGUUCGCCGCAAUAAGUCAGAAGAAUGGAAGGCAGAGCAGAAGUUCAAAGAUGCAUGCGGUGUCUUGUAUGCUAGUAUAGAUAAGCGGAGUGUCGCUAUGCAUGCUGUAGUCAGAGACGAGGACCUCGAGCGAAGGAUUGAACAGGAGCAGAGGGUCGCAAACCAUCUUGAACGGGUCCACGUCCAACGCGAGGAGGAGUCCGCAGACGCGCGGAACGCGGUGCUGACUGCGCGAGAGCAGACACUGGACGAGUAA